AUGGCUGAAGAGUGUGUCUCCCUCUCCAAAGACCCUGAGUGUUCUGGAACAUCCACAGCUGAGACCCCCACUCUUAAAGAUCUAGAACAGCUCCUGAAUACUGGGAGGCCUUCCUGUAACCAUGUUGAUGAAGUAUGGCCUAACCUUUUCUUAGGAGAUCUGUAAGUAUACGUCCGUGGAACGGCUCAGCAUUUUUGGGGCAGUGCUUAAGAGCUCCUCCAACGCAACUACUGCAGCCAAGUCAAUGCUCCUUCCAAGGAAUGCGUCAUUCUGUGAUCUGGUUGAGUCCAGUACCUUGUUAUGCAUGACUGUACCUCAUUUAAACCAAUGGGGCUUCCUGACACAUGAUUGGAGGAAAUUGCACCUUAACAUGCUAUCUGAUUUUUGCAAUACAGACUUGCAAUUAAUUGUUAACGAGCCUGAAGCAGUUUAUCUUUUUUAUUUUGUGCAUUCAGAAUGCCACACAGAAUCUGGAACAAAAUGUUGGAUUCUUGAAUAGAUCAUCUUACUUUUUCUUCCAAAAAGCCAUUUCUAGCCCCCACAAGUUGCGAAGAGACAUGGCUGAAGGCUAAAGAGGCAAAAGAGUUCAGUCAGUAUGGCUUCUGUACCCUUUAGAGCAGUGCUUUUUUCUGGGGGGAUGCAGGGGGACGCAUACCCCUAAAUAUUUUGUGAAUCUAAGUUUGGCCUCAUUGAGGGGCAGUAUUUCAAUAUGAGUAGGAAAAUGAGAGUACCCCUAAACAUUUUUUUUUAGAAAAAAAAGCACUGCUUCAGAGACCUAGUCCUCCCUUGUAGCUUCUCAUUGCCUUUCCCUGGCUCUUUGGGUCAUUUCAAUUGCCUCGCUCUGGUGGCGCUGUGGGUUAAACCACAGAGCCUAGGACUUGCCGAUCAGAAGGUCGGCGGUUCGAAUCCCUGCAAUGGGUGAGCUCCUGCCAACCUAGCAGUUCAAAAGCACGUCAAAGUGCAAGUAGAUAAAUAGGUACCGCUCCGGUGGGAAGGUAAAUGGCAUUUCCGUGCGCUGCUCUGGUUCGCCAGAAGCGGCUUAGUCAUGCUGGCCACAUGACCUGGAAGCUGUACGCCGGCUCCCUCGGCCAAUAAAGCGAGAUGAGUCGGUCACAACUGGACCUAAUGGUCAGGGGUCCCUUUACCUUUAACUCCAGCGUAAAGCCAUGUCUUUAUAGAUCUGUCCAGUUCUGGUGAGGCUGAGCCCACAGACGUUUUGGGAGUAAGCAAGCCCAGCGAGCAUUCUCAGGCUGAUGGUAUCCAGGCAGGGAUGGCAGUAUUUCGCUCCCAGGUCAGGAACCAUGAACUGGCAAACAAGGGCAAAAGACAUGGAGAGAUCACUGGGAGCAAACCAGGUAUUCCAACAGAUUCCUUGGUCUUUUUUUAGUAGGCAUGGACCUGCCUACCUCCUCCUGGAUCUACUUGCUUCCCAAGGACCAUAGCAAUUUAAAGGGACUGUCCUGCAGCCUGGAAUCUAGCAUGCCGCCAUCUUGCUUCUAUUUUCUGUUGGAUGCAUUGUCCGUUGUUGUGAUCGGGUAUUGGGGAGUAAGAGGCCCUUGGUGGCGAGGGCAGUGGUACCAUGAGGGUUAUUUGGGCUACCGUCUCAAGGGAAAGUGGCUCAGGGGAUUCUGUACUAGGGUCUUAUUUAAAUAUCACAUUUAUACCCUGCUUCUCUUUCCAACAGGCUCAAGAUGGCUUACACGAUUCUUCCCACUCCCCAUUUUAUCCUCCCAAUAACCCAUUGGGGCAGGUUAAGGUUGAGAAUUGGUGAAUGGCCAAAGUCACCCAGUGGGCUACAUGGCUAAGUGGGGAUUUGAACCCCCAAGUCCUAUCAUGACCCCCUAACCACUAGACCACACUGGCUCCCAAGUCCAUUGAUGAGCUUAACAGAUUUAGUGCCUAACCCUAAAAUUCAGGGACAUCCAAUGAUGGAAGAUUCAGGACAAAGUACUUCUUCACAUAAUAAGACAUUAUUAUGGGAUCUGCUCCCACAAAUAGAGUGAUAGCCACACCCUUGGAUGGCUUUAAAAGAGAACUGGGCAAAGGACGAGGCUAUCAAUGGCUGCUAACCCUAAUGGCUCUGUUCUGCCAUCCCUGUCUGAGGCAGUAUAAUUCUGAAUACCAGUUGCUGGAAACCACAGAGGGGAGAAUGAAGUUGAGCUCAGAUCCUGCUUCGUGCUUCACAGAGACAUCUAAGUGGCCAAUGUGAGUGUUAUGUACUGAAGUUCUCACCCUGGGCCAGCAGGGGGAUACUGUAGAUAGUUAUGCAAAUGAAGGGUUGAAAGUGACGUUCAGUGAUUGGAUAGUUUGUAUGCAAAUGAAGGAUCGAAAGUGACGUUCAGUGACUGGAUAGUUUUAGAAAGUUGCUACAGUAACGUUGUACUGGAGCUCUAUAUAAGCAGACUGACUGAGCUCUUCAGUUCAGUUCUGUUCUGGCCUCUGAAUAAACAAGAGCUGUUUGAAGAAUCGCUGUGUCGUCUGAUAUGUUCACCCACAACUUAACAGUGAGAACAGCAUGUUGGACCAGAUGGACCAUUGGCUUAUUCCAGAAUGUUCAUUCAUUACAUCAUAAUUGAAUUUUCUGUUCCUUAACGUGGGAGAUUUUCUCCAUACCAUAAGUGGAUCUGAGCCACAAAUCAGAGGGAGAAGCCUGAAAGCAAAACAGGAUUCUUCUCCUACCUGUUAAGUCUGCCUCUCACUUUCUGUUUCAUUUUUCUCUCUCCAGUGUUAUGGCCCACAACAGAUUUGGUUUGUGGAAAAUGGGCAUCAGCCAUGUUUUAAAUGCUGCACACGGCAAAAUAUUUUGCCAAGGAUCCCACGAGUUUUAUGGCACAACGAUCGAAUACUAUGGUGUACCAGCCUUUGACCUUCCUGAUUUUGAUAUGACUCCAUAUUUUUACCCCGCGGCAGAAUUCAUACACAAAGCCUUGAACACACCAGGAGGUAGGGAAGCAACAUGCGUCACAAAUGUUCAUAUUAUGUUGUGCUGUGCUGGCAAUUUGGCACUUCACUGCCAUUUCUUUUGGAGAGCUGGAGAUUAGGGGAAGAUUUUCAGCUCUCUCAUUGCUUUUGGGUUUACUUGAUGGCCGCCCUGUGAGGAUCACUGAGCAGCUUUUGCCCUAUGCCUCUUCCCCGACCUUCUCUUUGUUUCCAGGCAGAGAUUCUUUGCUUCUUAAAUUCUCUGCCUACCUCCUGCUUCCAUUUCUCUACUCAUAUGUAUGCUCAUCUGAUUACCAUUUCCUUAUUAUUUGUACAUAGCCAUAGCGUAUUGAGGUUCCAGGUGUCUCCAAUGCCUGUGUGUCAUUAUCUACCCUCCUCUCACAUUAUAUAUCAACACUGGAGAUCCUGAUCACCUUGACAUCACUUUGCCAUGACACAUUGGAAACCAUGUUUAAAUCUUCUGUCCUUUGUCACUGUUCUUUUUCUGGACAUGGGUGGCACUGUGGUCUAAACCACAGAGCCUCCUGGACUCGCCAAUCAGAAGGUCAGCAGUUCUAAUCUGCGCAACAGGGUGAGCUCCCAUUGCUCUUUCCCAGCUCCUGCCAACCUAGCAGUUCGAAAGCACGUCAAAGUGCAAGUAGAUAAAUAGGUACCACUGCAGCAGGAAGGUAAAUGGCGUUUCUGUGUGCUCUGGUUUCCAUCAUGGUGUCCUGUUGUGCCAGAAGCGGUUUAGUCCUGCUGGCCACAUGACCUGGAAAUUUGUCUGUGGACAAACGUUAGCUCCCUCAGCCUGAAAGCAAGAUGAGUGCCGCAACCUCAUAGUUGCCUUUGACUGGACCUAACCAUCCAGGGGUCAUUUAACUUUACCGUUUACUGUUCUUUUAUGCUCAGGUAGCAAAAGAGCUGUGAGUUUUUAUCACUGCUUGAGAAAAAACAAUAUAAGAACCCCUGUUGCCAAAACUACUAGAUUCACUGUUCUUUCAAUCUUGUCCUAAGUACAUUUUGAAACUGCAGUUUAUCCCAGCACUGAAAAUUCAUCAGAAUCCAACAAAGAAAACUGUUAAACGUGUGCACACACAAAUACAUACAUACAGUGCUUUUUCUGCCAAACAUUGAUUUUAGCUAAACUGUGAAGUAAGCCCAAGAAGAUUUCCAUUAACUUGACACAAACGAUGUACUGUAGGGCCCCACAUUUAGGCAUAAAUGAAGAUAAUAUCAGAAUUGGGGACUAAAUUUAUCCAGUAUUAAUGUAACUGCAGAAAGUUAAAUGUACCUGUUUCAGAAAUGGUUGAAUUCUGUCUUCUCUGUAGUUUAAAAAAGCCAUCUUUUAAGAUGAUAAAAAAUGUGGUUUACUUCAUUUUCAGGCAAAAUCUUAGUGCACUGCGCAGUGGGGAUAAGCCGGUCGUCUUUGUUGGUGCUGGCAUAUCUCAUGAUCUACCAUCACUUCUCUUUGCUUAAAGCCAUUCAGGCAGUGAAAGAACGUCGGUGGAUUUUCCCCAACCGAGGGUUCCUGAAGCAACUGAGAAAUUUGGACCUUCAGCUCAGCAAAUAAAGCACUAAGCAAGCACCCCGGAACGCAAGUUAUUUUCAAGCCUCACUGUCCUGGAAUAUUUUCAUUAAAAUGUGUUCAUUGUAAUAUUUUUCUAAUAGUAGCCAUGCUCUCAGAAAUGAUGGCUAUUUUGAGGGGUGUUAGCAGGGUCUAUUCAAGAGGCAAGGCGAGCCCCCAACACCCACCAAAAGCAACCUCUACAGCGACCUCUCAGCAAACCAAUGAACCCCUCUCCUCCAUUAGGAAGGACUUUCUUACAAAUAAGCAGUUCAAUAGUGGGGAAGCUUAUCUUGGAAAGAAAUGGACUCCCCUUCUUUAGAGGUUUUUAAGCAGAGGCUGGAUUGCCACUUAUCAGGAAUGCUGCAGCAAUGGGUUUCCUACAUUAGCAUGGGACUGAACUACAGUGGUACCUUGGUUCUCAAACGCCUUGGUACUCAAACGCCUUGGUUCUCAAACACCGAAAAUCUGGAAGCAAGAGUUCCGGUUUUCAAACGUUUUUUGGAAGCCAAACGUCCGGUGCGACUGUCAUCUAUUGUUUCCGGGGCACCUGCACCAAUCAGAAGCUGCGCCAUGGUUUUCAAACAUUUUGGAAGUCAAACGGACUUCCGGAACGGAUUAAGUUUGGGCUUUUGUUUUGGCUAUUUAUUUUGCGUUUUUGUUUUUGAGGCUUUUUUUGGUUGAUUUGUUUUUGCGACUGUGUGGAACCCAGUUCAGCUACUGACUGAUUGUGUGACUGUGGAAAUGAAUAAAAAAAACCCAUCCAAACAAUGACUAUCAUCAGUGCAGGUAAGGGGGGAAAUGUAAUUUUAAUUUUUAUCAUCUACAAUACUGUCAUAUUUAUUUUAUAGUACAGUACAUUGAUUAUUGCUUUCAUUUUAUGUAUGGAUCAAUGAUCUCGAUAGGUAGUGAAAUCCAUGUUAAAUUGCUGUUUUAGGAGUUGUUUUUAAAAGUCUGGAACAGAUUAAUCCGUUUUGCAUUACUUUCUAUGGGAAAGCAUGCCUUGGUUUUGGAACGCAUUGGUUUCGGAACGGACUUCUGUAACUGAGUCAGUUUGAGAACCAAGGUACCACUUUAGAUCACUUUCCAGGACCCUUUGAACUCUAUGAUUCUAUGAUCUUCCAUAACGAUCUUCAGAGUACAUAAUAAUAUAAUUCAACUCAAAAGAACUAUUUUUUCCAUUUCGAGGAAAAAUAGGAUGUUGAUCUCCACUCGUGCUUAUUGCAUUUUGUGCUGCCGUGUCAGCAAAGGCUGUUCCCACAUUAGGCAUGGGGGUGGGCAGGGGACGAAAAGGGGACAUCUCUCAAAAGGCGCACCUGCUUCUCCCUGUCAAACGUCGAAAGGUAACUGGAGCUCAUUGGGGCUCUGCAACGACCAUGUAUCGUCGCAUGACAGCGGAUGACCCCUUUCCAAAGACGACCGCCUCCUUUUGCAAAAUGAACAGCCGCAGAUCCGCCUCACCCUCCGUCCAAGAGUUGGAGCAUGUGAUGGACAGCUGCAGGAUGGAAUUAAAUGAGAUAGAUGAAGUGUGGCCCAAUCUUUAUAUAGGCAACAUGUAAGUGUGACCCGGAACGAAGCCGCGGCUUGAGCGUGGGGUAAAAGGAAGGUACUGUACAGCAGUGUAAUGUUAUGACCAAUGAAUUCACAUUGCUAACGGAGGACAGAUCUGUGCACGCUGAAGUUAAAGUCUGAAAAGAGUUUCCCUUGUUUUUCUCUGUCGUUCAACAUGGGACAGCCUUCAUAAUAGAAAGCACAUUACAAAAAUCUGUAUAUUACUGGGGCAGGAACAGCACAGAUAGUCCUAUCACAGAGACACAAGGUAAUAUAUUUUAUUAUGCGCUAAAACUAAAAAUCUAAAUUCUAGCAAAGGAACCCACUUUCUUUUCCCAGAAUACCUGUCCUAUCUACACCCAAAUGACGCAAACAACCCUCUGCAUUUGGGGUGCCCAGUAUGUCCUGUGUAAGAUACAGAUGUUUUAAAAAAAGAAUUUACAGUUGGAUGAGAACAAGGUGUGAUAUCCAGAUAGGUGGAGAAAGAUGCAAGGAAUGUAGACAAGGUAUUCAAACUGAGAAAUCUGCGGCCGAGUGAGGUAGCCUAGCAGAGUACAGAAAUUCCAGUGGCUACUGAAACCUUAUACUGGCGAAUUUAAAAUGCACGUCUGCAAGAAACAUGAGCGGUGAUGGACUUUCUAAAUUGAAGGUUGAGUUUCUCAGGAACCCUAGCUGUGGGCCUGGUUACAGAUUGUAUGUCUGAAUAUUCUAUUUAUGUGUUUAUGCACCAAGAAUUCGCUGCUCUACCCAUAUGCAAUUUACAAAUACAACUCAAAUUGUUUUAUCCUCCUCUAUAUUUUGAAAGUCUAAUCCUCUGGAGUGAUUAUCUGCAUUUUAUAUUGGCAAAUAUUUGGUGGAUUAAUUAUACAGUUAGCAUGCGCUUGUCAACCUUUGAUGCAUAAAAAAAUCAGAACUGAACCCUGAGGUAGGAAAUGGCAUAGAGUAUAAUGUGCUCAACUGAUCCCAACCUCUGCUCUUGAAAGGGAUACACAGCCACUAGACUGAGCCUCUGUUUCAAGGAAAGAUGCUAGAGAGUUAAAUAUUUAGGUAUCUGCAAGAAGUCACAUGGCUGAAGGCAGAAGUUCUGAGAAGCAAACACACUAGAGUCCAGUCCCGUCAUGGCAACUGACACAUGUCAUAAUGUAUCAUUCUAAAUUCCGGUGCAGAUGGAUUUCUCACUAAUAUUUCAGUUGACCUGAAGCCUACAGAAACUAAAGGGUAACUAAAAAAAUAACAUUCCGUGUUCUUGCAAAUUGGAUACAGUGUCAUGUGACCGUAAGUUCUCCAACUUACAUUAUCCCCUACCAAAUUGUCUGGGUUGAGCAAUCCUAUACACGCCGUUAUCACAGAAAUGCCACCGCUGCAUGCCUGUCUUCUCUGACGCCCACUCAACCCAGGAUGGGAAGCCAGAGUCACCAAUCGGGGCAGAGGCACCCACAUGGUGAGCCAAAAUGCAAGCAGCAAAUGACUUUGGGAUGAUCAGAGCACUCCCCCAACAGCCCCGUCCAACACUGCAAAAUAUACCGUAUUUUUCGCUCUAUAGGACGCACCCAACCAUAGGACGCACCUUGUCUUGCUCUCCUGGCUUCAGCAAAAGGAAUCUGAAGCCUCCAGAGCGCAGCGGGAACUCGCGCUGUUCUCCGGAGGCUUCAGGCAGCUAUCUUUGAAGCCUGGAGAGUGAGAGGGGUCGGUGCGCACCGACCCCUCUCGCUCUCCAGGCUUCAGCGAAAGCAACACGAAGCCUCCAGAGCACGGAGGGAGCGCUCCCUCUGUGCUUCGGAGGCUUCGCGUUGCUAUCACUGAAGCCAAGGAGCCUGCAUUCGCUCCAUAGGACGCACACACAUUUCCCCUUAAUUUUUGGAGAGGAAAAGGUGCGUCCUAUAGAGCCAAAAAUACGGUACUCAAUGAUACUACCAAGCCCCCACUCCAUCAGCUAGUAUAGUACUCGACAGGACAUGGAGCUGGGAAGCUGGAGACCAUAUUUCAAGCUCUAACAGUGGAAGGGAGAACUGUUAGGGCCCAAAAAGUUGGAGCACCUGGCACUCAAACCUCUGCUGCAGACGCCACAGAGGAGCUCCCUUAUAACUCAACCGCAGCAGCAAACACAUAUGGUCAUGGCGCAUUAGUUCCCUAUGGCCCAGUCCCAUAGAAUCGCAAACGUUGGAAGUUGGAAGGCACCCCGAGGGUCAUCUAGUCCAACCCCCAGCAAUGCAGGAAUCCUGCACACAUCAUUUGGCUCCAUUGUCGGUCACUUCCUGUAACUAGCUGUUAACAGCAUAUUUUGUAUAAAGCUGUGCUAUUUAAGAUGUCAAUGCAGCGCCUGCUAUUGGUCAAAACGUCUCAUGAGUGAGCAGCAAUAAUUCAUUAGGACCACAUGCUCCAAGCUUGCUAAAUAAAUCAUCCAGGUUCCUCCGAUAUUUGCCGCCUCAGCCUCUUAUCGGAAAGAAGAGUUAUACCCUGUCACUGAACCUUUCCCUCUGCAAGCUCCUAGACUAUUCAAUUCAUCUGACCAUUUAAAAGCUAGUGUUGGCCAGCAUUCAAACAGAUCCACUGUUAAUAGAAUUAAGUAGAUCUGACCACACUGAAGUCUACCCUAUGGGAUAGAAAAUAUUGCUUUAUAAAAAGUUUUUUAAAAAAAGAAGUUUCCAGCAAGAAACUACUGAGAUAGACUCCAUUAGUUUAGCAACUAAAGGAACUUAGACUUGGUAGAGAUCUGGAGUAAUUGUCCCAUUUUCGGGAGUUUAUACUAUUUUUGCUAUACUCAUUUACAAUCAGGUGCGGCCAGUUGCAGAAGAAUCACACCCAUUCUCUUUGAAUCUCAUAUUCGUAUGUAUUUUGCAUCUGCUACUAUCCGUAUCUUUCCUUGGCCUUUUGUCAUUGUAAAGGGUUUUUCUUGCUGCAUUUUCUUGCUGUAUAUCUUAAUCUAAUUUGUGUAACUUCCGUUUGCCUCACUGCUUCCCUGUACAGUGGUGCCUCGCAAGACGAAAUUAAUUCGUUCCGCAAGUCUCUUCGUCUUGCGAGUUUUUCGUCUUGCGAUGCACGGUUUCCCAUAGGAAUGCAUUGAAAAUCAAUUAAUGCGUUCCUAGGAAACCGACUUCAGACCAGGUCCGGGGACAGUCUGUCCCCGACCUCUUCUGAAGGCUGGGGGGACAAGGGCUUUCUUCCCACCCCCAGCAUUUUAAAAACCCGGGACAGCGGAGGGCUUCUCCGCUGUCCGAGGCGAUCUUAAAAUGCUGGCGGGCGGCAUUUUAAAAUUGCCCCGGGACAGCGGAGGACUUCUCCGCUGUCCGGGGCAGUUUAAAGCCCCUGGGAAGGCAGGCAGGGGGACAAAGACUUUGCCCCCGCCAGCCUUCAGAAGAGGUCCUGGACCUCUUCUGAAGGUUGGCGGGGGCGAAAGUCUUGUCCCCCCACCUGCCUUCAAAAGCUGUCCAGCCAAGGCUCGCGGACCUCUCCGCAAGCAGCGGCAGCACUGCCGCUGCUUGCGGAGAGUUGCCGGCAUGCCGAAGCCUGCGCGCGCUGAGAUCAGCGCGCCCAGGCUCGCGGACCUCUCCGCGAGCAGCGGCGCAGCGCUGCCGCUGCUCGCGGAGAGUUGCCGGCAUGCCGAAGCCUGCGCGCGCUGAGAUCAGCGCGCCCAGGCUUCGCGGACCUCUCCGCGAGCAGCGGCAGCGCUGCCGCUGCUCGCGGAGAGUUGCCGGCAUGCCGAGCCUGCGCGCGCUGAGAUCAGCGCACCCAGGCUUCGCGGACCUCUCCGCGAGCAGCGGCAGCGCUGCCGCUGCUCGCGGAGAGUUGCCGGCAUGCCGAAGCCUGCGCGCGCUGAGAUCAGCGCGCCCAGGCUUCGCGGACCGGAGACUUCCUAUGGGCUUUCGUCUUGCGAAGCAAGCCCAUAGGAAAUUCGCUUUGCGAAGCGCCUCCAAAACGGAAAACCCUUUCGUCUAGCGGGUUUUUCGUCUUGCGAGGCGUUCGUCUUGCGGGGCACCACUGUAGUUUACAACUGAAUUGGACCAAACAAGUGCCCCUAUUUUCCAGGGACAGUUGCGGAUUUACAGAAUCUGUCCCAGUUUCUGAUUUAUAGAAAUAUAGAAUAUAGAAAUACUUUAUUGUCACUGUACCGCUUGUUUACAGUGAGAUUAAAUGAGCCCCCUUCCCCCCCCACAAUCUCUCAGUCCUUGUUACACUCUGUGUGCUGUCAUACGACCACCAACUCUGAACGUCAGCUGCAUUGUUGCUGUCUUCCAUUCAGCAGCCUCAUGGCCCACGGGUAGAAACUGUUCUUUAACCUGUUGGUGCAGCUUAUCAUGCUUCUAUAUCUCCUGCCCGAGGGCAGGAGAUUAAAAAGGUGCUGGCCAGGGUGUGAGUCAUCCCUAAGAAUGUUCCUCGCUCUUCUGAGACACCGGUCUCCUGCGAUAACAUCUAGCGGACUCAGGGCACAGCCCAUGAUAUCGUGUGCUGUCUUCACCACCCUCUGUAGGGACUUUCUGUCAAACCAGCGUACCACAUACAGUAUGAUGUAUGUGCUACGCUUUCUAUUGUGGACCGAUAGAAGGAAAUCAUCAGUUGAUUUGAUCCCAGAAUGUCCUGCUUUUCCUUAGGAUGCCCCUAUUUUCAUCAGAGAAAUGUUGGAAGGUAUGUAAACAGCAAUUGUGUUUUCCGUGAAUUUCCGUUCGUUCCAAUUCAGCGGUAAAAAGUGUGUUUUCCAGGGGAAAUCAGCAGAACAAUUGCAAAACCGCUCAGCCCAUGUCUAGAAAGGAUGGGACAAAGGGAAAACUGCUAUCUAAGACCAACCGUUUCAGCAUCUGAAAAAAGAACCUCUAACUACAAAUGGUUCUGUCUCAAUAAAUCUUAUUAAUGUUUACGAAGCUGCAGGAAUCUCAUAAGUUGCAACAAAACUGCCUCACUGGAAUAAAGGUAAAGGUACCCCUGCCCGUUCGGGCCAGUCUUACCAGACUCUGGGUUGUGCGCUCAUCUCACUCUAUAGGCCGGGAGCCAGCGCUGUCCGCAGACACUUCCGGGUCACGUGGCCAGCGUGACAAGCUGCAUCUGGCGAGCCAGCGCAGCACACGGAACGCCGUUUACCUUCCCGCUGGUAAGCGGUCCCUAUUUAUCUACUAUUUAUCUAUUUAUCUAUUUAUCUACCCAGGGGUGCUUUCGAACUGCUAGGUUGGCAGGCGCUGGGACCGAACGACGGGAGCGCACCCCGCCGCAGGGAUUCGAACCGCCGACCAUGCGAUCGGCAAGUCCUAGGCACUGAGGUUUUACCCACAGCGCCACCCGCGUCCCUGCCUCACUGGAAUACAUCAGUAUUAAUUUAUGAAAUGUAGAUUUCUGAUUCGGUGAUUCAUACUACUCUAGGCAGAUCUGCCUUAUUGGAAUUUGAUCCUACCCUACACUCUAUUUAAACUUACCCUGACACUAUCAAUAGGACGGAAAGAGAUGCUGAAAGCACAACCCGUUCGGAUCAGUGGCAAUCAUUUUGAAAUAAGGAUCGGAUGAGAUCCUGCCAGGGGAAGCUUAUGCAAUCUACAGGAUUGUCCAACAUUUUCUCAUUCAUCAGAAACUAAGCCCUGUAUCACUGUUUGCACCAUGAUAAGAUGAGCCAGUGUGGCAUAAUGGAUAGAGUGUUUUUGGUUUUGUAAUUUUUGUUAAAUUUCUGUUUUACAUUUUAGAAUAUUCACUUAAACAACCUUAAAAUAUCGAUGACGUCCCUUCCUCUCUUUCCAUGGUUCAUUUUGCACAACAUAAAUCCCUGCAUAUUUUACAUAAAAUAAACCAUUCAGUAUUCUAAUAUCACAUCCAUCAAAACUUAUUUACACUGUUGAAUUUAUCUUAAUGCUGCCAGCGUUUUCAAAUAGACACAAUUUCCCCCCAUAUAUUCAAUAAACAUUUCCCAAUCUUCUCUAAACGUAUGUUCUUCUUGUUCUCUUAUUCUAUAUGUUAGAACUGCAAGCUGCGCAUAUUCCAUCAGUUUAAGUUGCCAUUCUUCUUGUAAUGGUGAGAGUGUUAGAACUGGGAAAUCAGGGUUCAAAUCCCCACUCACCCACUGGGCGACCUUGGGCCAGUCACCAUCUCUUAGCUUAACCUACCUCUACAAGGUUGUUGUGAGGGUGAAUCGGGGAGGAGGAGAACCCUGUAAGUCACCUGGAGAUGCUUGGAAGAUAAAGAUGGUAUAAGGAAACGGACCACUGACCAGUGACACUGAGCCAGUGUGGUGUAGUGGUUAAGAGCGGUAGUCUCGUAAUCUGGGGAACCGGGUUCGCGUCUCCGCUCCUCCACAUGCAGCUGCUGGGUGACCUUGGGCCAGCCACACUUCUUUGAAGUCUCUCAGUCCCACUCACCUCACAGAGUGUUUGUUGUGGGGGAGGAAGGGAAAGGAGAAUGUUAGCCGCUUUGAGACUCCUGAAGGGGAGUGAAAGGCGGGAUAUCAAAUCCAAACUCUUCCAAUCCAUUCGGUCCAGUCAUGACCGACUCUGGGGUUGCGGCGCUCAUCUCGGUGUAUUGGCCGAGGAGCCAGCGCUGUCACAGACACUUCUGGGUCAUGUGGCCAGCAUGACUAAGCCACUUCUGGCGAACCAGAGCAGCGCACGGAAACGCCGUUUACCUUCCCGCUGGUAAGCGGUCCCUAUUUAUCUACUAUUUAUCUAUUUAUCUAUUUAUCUACCCAGGGGUGCUUUCGAACUGCUAGGUUGGCAGGCGCUGGGACCGAACGACGGGAGCGCACCCCGCCGCAGGGAUUCGAACCGCCGACCAUGCGAUCGGCAAGUCCUAGGCGCUGAGGUUUUACCCACAGCGCCACCCGCGUCCCUGCCUCACUGGAAUACAUCAGUAUUAAUUUAUGAAAUGUAGAUUUCUGAUUCGGUGAUUCAUACUACUCUAGGCAGAUCUGCCUUAUUGGAAUUUGAUCCUACCCUACACUCUAUUUAAACUUACCCUGACACUAUCAAUAGGACGGAAAGAGAUGCUGAAAGCACAACCCGUUCGGAUCAGUGGCAAUCAUUUUGAAAUAAGGAUCGGAUGAGAUCCUGCCAGGGGAAGCUUAUGCAAUCUACAGGAUUGUCGUAACAUCAGUACCAUACCCUGUCCAUAUGUUCAAGGAGCCACAAAUGAAAGGAAGCUUUCCCUGUUAUGGAAAUAAACUAACAAAUCCAAACAGCAAUUCUGUUAGUGCAGCCUGUCUUCAGUCUGAAGACGUAAACCUAGUAUAAAAUCGGCACAUUUCACAUGCAACAUCUGUUUCAAAAGGAAGGAUGGCGACUUUCUGUGUGUGUGCCCUUCCUGUCCAGAUGAAAUUAUGAUUACAUCUAUAUGAAAACAUUAUCCACAGCCCUCGGCUCAGAAAACCGUUCAUCUGUGCCAAGUGCAGCUCGGCAGCAGUUCACGGCAGGACACAGAGAAUGCCCUGUGCUAAUGAAACCACAUGGUGAUAUCUGUGCCCUUCGAAUGUGAUUGUCCAUACUGGAGGAGAUUUAUCCAGAUAAGCGGUUCAAAGUGUGCCCUCUACUGCAUCAGCCUUUACAGGAAAAUCCUGCAAAUCUCGAUUAAGGGACCAUUGUCCUAUAUACAAAAGAUCAGUCACAGGCUUCCGAAGAAGUUGAAGCCCAGAUAUCUUAACAAGUCCAGUCACAGUUUCUCAUCCUAACCUACCUCACAGGGUUGUUGUGAGGAGUCAAAGGCAACUAUGGGGUGCGGCGCUCAUCUCGCUUUAGGCUGAGGGAGCCAGAGUUUGUCCAAAGACAGCUUUCCGGCCCAUGUGGCCAGCAUGACUAAACCACUUCUGGUGCAACGGGACACUAUGACGGAAACCAGAGCGCACGGAAACGCCGUUUACCUUCCUGCCACAGUGGUACCUAUUUAUCUACUCGCACUAGUGUGCUUUCAAACUGCUAGGUUGGCAGGAGCUGGGAUAGAGCAACAGGAGCUCACCCCAUCGCAGGGAUUCGAACCGCUGACCUUCCUGAUCGGCAAGCCCAAGAGGCUCAGUGGUUUAGACCACAGCGCCACCCACGUCCCAUGUGAGGAUAACAUGCAUGGAAGAACCACAUACGCCACACUUAGAACAUGGGACCAAAACAUCAGGAGAAGCACUUUAAAAAAAUGUUGGUUGGGGGCAAGGAAUUCAUGUUUCAGAGGCAUAUUUAAAUAGCAGUUUUCUAAACAGGUAUCUGAAAGUAGGCAGGGAUGAUUCUUACCAAGCCUCUGCUGGCAGGCAGUUCCACAGGAUAGAGCCUGCCACAGGAAAGGCUUGGCCCACCAGACCUCAGAAAAAAUGAAGAUGCAGCUUUGGGUCUGGGAGCUGUGGCAAUAAUGAUAAUGAUAAUGAUAUUUCUCUAGGAAUUUGAAGUGGGAUUAGCAGUUGCGUUGCCUGCUGAAAGGAAUGCAUAUGCACUCACUAUACUCCUCUUACAUAUGUGUUUAAAUAAAUAAAUAAUCAAUAAUCAAUAAUCAAUAUCCAACACUUUCUCAUUCAUCGAAAACUAAGCCCUGUAUCACUGUUUGCACCAUGAUAAGAUGAGCCAGUGUGGCAUAAUGGAUAGAGUGUUUUUGGUUUUGUAAUUUUUGUUAAAUUUCUGUUUUACAUUUUAGAAUAUUCACUUAAACAACCUUAAAAUAUCGAUGACGUCCCUUCCUCUCUUUCCGUGGUUCAUUUUGCACAACAUAAAUCCCUGCAUAUUUUACAUAAAAUAAACCAUUCAGUAUUCCAACAUCACAUCCAUCAAAACUUAUUUACUCUGUUGAAUUUAUCUUAAUGCUGCCAGCAUUUUCAAAUAGACACAAUUUCCCCCCAUAUAUUCAAUAAACAUUUCCCAAUCUUCUCUAAACGUAUGUUCUUCUUGUUCUCUUAUUCUAUAUGUUAGAACUGCAAGCUGCGCAUAUUCCAGCAGUUUAAGUUGCCAUUCUUCUUGUAAUGGUGAGAGUGUUAGAACUGGGAAAUCAGGGUUCAAAUCCCCACUCACCCACUGGGCGACCUUGGGCCAGUCACCAUCUCUUAGCUUAACCUACCUCACAAGGUUGUUGUGAGGGUGAAUCGGGGAGGAGGAGAACCCUGUAAGUCACCUGGAGAUGCUUGGAAGAUAAAGAUGGUAUAAAGGGAAACGGACCACUGACCAGUGACACUGAGCCAGUGUGGUGUAGUGGUUAAGAGCGGUAGUCUCGUAAUCUGGGGAACCGGGUUCGCGUCUCCGCUCCUCCACAUGCAGCUGCUGGGUGACCUUGGGCCAGCCACACUUCUUUGAAGUCUCUCAGUCCCACUCACCUCACAGAGUGUUUGUUGUGGUGGAGGAAGGGAAAGGAGAAUGUUAGCCGCUUUGAGACUCCUGAAGGGGAGUGAAAGGCGGGAUAUCAAAUCCAAACUCUUCCAAUCCAUUCGGUCCAGUCAUGACCGACUCUGGGGUUGCGGCGCUCAUCUCGCUUUAUUGGCCGAGGGAGCCGGCGUACCGCUUCCGGGUCAUGUGGCCAGCAUGACUGAGCCACUUCUGGCGAACCAGAGCAGUGCACGGAAACGCCGUUUACCUUCCCACCGGAGUGGUACCUAUUUAUCUACUUGCACUGGUGUGCUUUCGAACUGCUAGGUUGGCAGGAGCAGGGACCGAGCAACGGGAGCUCACCCUGUUGCAGGGAUUCGAACCGCCGACCUUCUGAUCGGCAAGUCCUAGGCUCUGUGGUUUAACCCACAGCGCCACCUGCGUCCCAAAGAUGGUAUAUAAAUGUAAUAAAUAAAUAAGGACAUGGGGUUCAUUUCUGCUCACCUGCCCACUUUCAUAUCUGUUUCCCGGCAGCACGACGGCACACAACAAGGAAGAGCUAAGGAAACGGGGUAUCACUCACAUACUGAAUGCCGCACACGCUGCCUGGGGAAGCAAAGGAAACCAAACAUUCUACGGAACAGAGUUCCAUUACUAUGGAAUAGCAGCAGAAGACUCCCCAGACUUUGACCUCAGCGUACAUUUCCGCCCUGCCUCCGAAUUCAUCACCAAAGCCCUAAGUGUACCAAACGGUGAGUGCCUUGGGAUGGAGCAAUGGAGAAGUUUCUGAAACAACAAUGGGAUAUUAGCUCCUCCCAAGGCAUGAUGGAGAACAGCAACAACCGGGAAAAGGUAGACAGAACAUUUUACAAGGACAGGAAGAAACACCAUGGACAGAAUAUUUGCCACACACAGGAAGAACAAGGAUAUAGUUUGAGUGCCUCACUUGUAGUUCUAUAAAUCAUUUAAUGUGUCAACACGAAUAGAAGUUAUUAAUAUCACCGUUGUUGUAUAAGGGAUUAUUAUUUUGACCAGAAUGUAAUUGAAAUUAAUAAGACUUUGGAACACAGAAGUAAUCAUCAAACUAUCCAUUCUAGCAAUGCGGGGGGGCACCUAAAUUAUAUAAUUUGGUAUUUGAACAAUUGGUAUUCAUAAUUGUAUUAUAAUUUGGCAUUGUUAUAAUUAAGCUAUUAUUGGACUGUAAUUGAAAACUAAUAAAAAAAAUUAUUAUCAAAUGGUGAGUGCCUGCCCUGGUGGAACCGCUGCACUGAGGUUUUAGGUAUUAGCAGCAGCAUAGCAUGGGAUGCUGGUCUCCGGGGCAGACAAGCAACCAUUUUGAGAUAGGUCAGACUGAGAGACAGAGUGAAUGAGUGGCCCAAGGUCACCCAGUGAGCUUCAGAGCCACUUGACAAUUUGGAUUGCUUUAAUACAAAUUAGGAACCCCAAAAAUCCCAUUUGCUCUCUUCUUAAAUCAUUUCAUCUCUGUUCCAGGAAAGAUCUUGGUCCACUGCAUUCUAGGCAGAAGCAGAUCAGCAGCCCUGGUUCUGGCUUACCUCAUGAUCUCUCAAAAUUUCUCCCUGGCUGACGCCGUCGGAAAGGUCCUGCAGAAUCGAGCCAUCUCCCCGAACCGCGGGUUCCUGAAACAGCUGCAAGACUUAGAUCUGGAGCUACGGUACAAGAUCAGGCUGUGUCAGCUUCUGUAA